AUGUCAUCAUCUCUACCACCCGCCACUCUACUAAUCAUGGAACGAAUUAGCAGUGAAGUACGUAUGUACUCAACCACACCAAUGUCCUCGAAUAAUGUGACGUCGUGUCUGACGGCGGUACUCACACCGGAUACUGUAAGGGCUGCUGUUAGUCCUUUGUUGGCAUGGAUCACUUUGGUCAUCAUCGGCACUCUUGCCCCAAUCAGCGUCUUCUCUGGACUCAGUCUGAAACGAUCAACGAAAGAACUUCUAUCAGAGAGAUCCUCGAAACUCGAUGUACUCGACAUCUUCCGAUUCAUUGCAAUUCUCUGGGUUAUGCUUAAUCAUACCGGAAGUGAGGGUCGUAUUGAUAUUUUGGAACGACUUCCAUCGGCCGACGCGUUCAAAAGUGCAAUGCAUGACCACCCGGUAUUCGGUGCUCUGAUGGGCAACUCCGCGCUUGGCGUCGAGAUUUUUCUGGUGCUCUCCGGCUUGUUGGCUGCUAGAUCUUGGCUCCGAAAAGCCGACGAACCAUUCCUCCAACACUGGAAAUCAUUCAUCACUCGACGCCUCCUCCGACUGGCUCCAUCCAUGUUCAUCUUCGUCUAUAUCGCUGCUGGACCCAUUAUGGAAGCCCUUCUCCCCAGAUACUCCUCUUCGAUGGUCUCCGCCUGUGGCUUCUGGGGAAUCCUUUCUCACGUCACUUUCACUUCCAACUGGCAGUCCACACCAACAUGCAUGGGAUACUUGUGGUACCUGGGACUCGAUAUGCAACUCUACAUGGUCGCCCCGAUCUUUUUGAAUCUCUUGCACAAGUCACCGAAACGAGGAAUGACUCUCACCGCUGCCACUAUCAUCGCCUCCAUGUUCAUCCGUGCGGGUUACUGUACAUCCUACGGUACCUGCAAUAAGAGUGACGUGGAUAUCCCAUUCAUCUCGUAUCCAGGACAAGAUGCUGAGACACUGAAGUCAAUCUAUGCAGGCCUAUGGGACAUGUACUCAAGACCGUACACCAAGUGUGGACCAUUCCUUAUUGGACUCUUAUUGGGAUACAUCACCACUUCCAGUCAGUACAUCAUGUCAGCCACCACCUCAAAGUAUCUCUUCCGUUCCAGUCUCUCCGUCGCCAUCAUCACAAUCUACGCUAUCCUCCCUGAAUACUGGAACCCGGAUGCCGGAAAUACUGUGUACAACACGAUCUAUACUGCGGUGUUCCGAUCGGUUUUCGCAUUGGCUAUCGCUGGAAUGAUUGCGGCGUUAUAUUUCAGACAAGAAUAUCGCCCAACCCAUCCAAUCUUCGCAAUGCUCGCCAAACUCACGUACAACGCCUACCUCCUUCACAUGCCAGUCGUCUAUAUCUUCAAUUGGCUUCCAUUCCUUCAAACUGCCACGUCACCAAUUCAUCUCCUUCUAGUUCUUCCAUUCGUUGCAACCCUUUCAUUCAUCGCCGCCCUCAUCUUCUAUCUUUUCAUCGAGGCACCAAUCGGUCAUCUGACGUCACAGUACGCCACGCGUCUUGGUCUCUAA